AUGGCUUCCGCCGACCAGCCCGCUGAGGUUGCCAGCAAGGUUCUGCGGAGAGCCCAAGUCUCAAAGAUGACCCGGGCCCUCCAGAACCGCCUCGCCUUAGCCAAUGUGAAGAUCAAGCACGGCUGGGAGGAUUUGAGCCUCGACGCACUCGAGCCGCGAGUUGAGAUGGAACUCAAGCGGAAACGCCCGGGGUCGAGCAAUGAGACUAUGUCCUCAGCAUCCUCCACAGUCUCCGACCGAUUCUACCCCCAUAGCGCCCUCGACUCCUCCCCUCUUGCGGCCCCGAUAUUUUCAGACAACGUCCGCCGCUCUGGGAGCAGUUCGAGCCAGAGCAAGCGCCCGAAGCAUGGACACUUGUCCAAAUAUCCAGCCUCUAGCAACCAUGCCCGCGUGAAGGUCAGGACGUCAAACACAACUGCUACCUCGUGGAAGAGUGCCUAUAGACUGCCCGAAUCUUCGCCGGUGUACCACGGUAGACAUGCACACUUCGGACGGAUCCAGCAUGCCCCAAGCCUAUCCUUCGUCUCGGAAACCUCAACCGUGCCAGACUCCCCCUCGCUACUCUCCGAAGACGACGAUGAAGACCUUCCAAUCACAUCAUUCCAGGUCCGAAGCUCUCUGCGGUCUUCUCCUCCCCGAGCACCGCGCACGCCGCCGCCCGCUGUCGCUCGCUCAGCCCGACUUCGCAAUAGUGCUUUCAAUGCCUCCUCUCGCAACGAAAUGAAAGGCGAAGAAGAUGCCAACCUACUAAUGUAUCUAGCCACUUCCCCGUCUCCGGCUCACCCCAGCACGUCCAAACCCCGUGUCUACCCUCCUACCACGCCUCCACCUAAGUCGACACCACUACCGUCGUCCAUGAUGUCCACCCCAGGAGGAGGCGGGGCACCGUUCUCAGGUUUCGGCCUCAGCACACCUUCGGCAAACCUCAACUUUGCGGAGUUCUUGAACAUGACUCCCAGUCCAGCUCAAAUGGCUCAACCAUGGAACCGAACUCCUGCCGCUGGAAAGACCCCCCUUAUGGCGCGGGAAGCCCGGAAGCGACUCAACUUCGACACACUACUCCCACCCACAGGCAACAGCCCGAAUGUUGGUGUAGAGCGAACCCGGGUCGGAAAAGUAGAAACAGGACUAGGCAUGGAUCUUGGCGGAGAGCUCUGUUCAUGA